AUGGAUCAAUUAAUCAAACAAUUGCAACUGGCCGCUGCCGCCCAGGCCCAAGUCCACGGCCAGGUGGCAUCCCACAGUCCCAUAUCCGCACAUCCGCAUCCGCAGGCAGCGUCCGCGUUGCAACUUUAUGCGGCUGCCGCUGCCGCCAAUCUGCGCGUGCCCGGCUGGUCGCCCUUUCUAAGUCCAACUGGAUCUGGGCCAGGGCCCGGCACCGGAAGUGGCGGCAGUACCUCCUCCUCGGUCUACAUGCUCCGCCAGAUGGCGCUAAUGCAGCGGGCCAAUGCUGCGGCCGCAGCAGCCGCCCUCCAGGACCAAAGGAACCAGGAUCAAGAUCAAGAAAGAGAGAGGGAACGGGAUUUGGAUUCCAAAAAGUCCUUUAAAAAGCAAGGACCUGCCAGUAGGCACUCGCUGCUUAAACAGGAAGACUCCAGUCAUGAGGAGGAGGCUAAUAGUGACCAAGAACCGGAGAAUCCGGACAAGGAGUUGGGCUCUUUCCCUUAUCCGGACGAAGAAACCGUAGAGUCGGAGGCCUUGAAGCGGAGACGUUGCCGGACGAACUUCAACUCAUGGCAACUGGAAGAGCUGGAACGAGCCUUCCUGGGCAAUCACUAUCCGGAUGUAUUCAUGAGGGAAGCACUGGCCAUGCGACUCGACUUGAAAGAAGGACGAAUAGCGGUCUGGUUCCAGAACCGACGAGCCAAGUGGCGCAAAAAGGAGCACACGAAAAAAGGUCCUGGACGCCCAGCUCACAACGCCCAGCCCCAGAGCUGCAGUGGAGCGCCCAUACCCCUGAGUGAGUUGCGGGCCAGAGAGAGGGCCCAGAGAAGCAAACGAAUGGGAAAAGCCAUCGAACGGCAGGCCCGGAAAUUGCGUCUGAAAGGCAUCGAAGUGGACUUGGAGAGGCUGAAAGCCGACUACUUGGCGGCUCACAAGGACCACUGGCUGCCGAAUCAUCAGGACGAGGACCACGACCUGGACGACAUGGGCAGCUAUGAGGACGAUGAUCUGCCCAUCGAUGUGGUCGGCGAUCCUCAGGACGGCAGCCAGGAUAAUUCGUUUUGUUCCUCUCGGACAUAUCCGAAGAGCAGUACUGGCAGCGAAGCGGACGUGGAACCGGAAGAGCCCGAAGAUCCUGAAGAUCCCGAAGAGGACAUUCGAGUGCCCAUCAAGCUGGAGACAGAGCCGCCCCAAAACAAAAACAAAAGCAUCUACAACUCACCCUUCAGCAUCGAAUCCCUGCUGGGUUCAUAACGAA